UAUAUGUAACCGCAAGUAACCUCUCCCUCUCGUCGCGCUGAUUUUGGCGGCACCGAAAUCGCCUUCUUCUCUCCAUUUUCAUCACUCCCGCGAUUUCUUCUCUCUCUCUCUCUCAAUCCCAUCAGCGUUGAUUUAGCGCCAAAAUCUCCCACGAUUCCUUCUUGCUCGGAGAUUUUCCCUAUAGCUGUACGAGGAAACGACAAGGAAGCCGGAGACUAAGCCAAGAAAACUAAGAGGGACAGGAAUAUGGACUGCAGCGACGAUUCCGACGUUGUCUCCCUUCUGUGCCAAGAGGACGAAGCCUUCCUCGUCUCUUACGACGACCACCCCCACGGGUGCACCGAGUCGACCCAGUUCUUCUUCGCCCUCGGCGACGAGGACGAGUACAUCCGAGAGCUCAUCCGGCAAGAGGCCCGCGACCACCCUCCGUUCUCGCUCAACUGCUCCUCCUCCACCACCCCUCGCAGUCUCUGGCUCAAGCGUGCUCGCACCAGCGCCAUUGAUUGGAUUUUUGAUAGAAGGGAAUCGUUCGGAUUUCACUUGCACACUGCCUAUCUGUCGAUCGCUUACUUCGAUCGGUUCCUUGCAAUCCGCUCCAUAGCCGACGGGAAGCUGUGGGCCGUCCGACUGCUGUCGCUGGCGUGCUUGCUUCUGGCGGCGAAGAUGGAGGAGUACAGAGUGCCCGCGAUAUCAGAUUUCCAAGCUCAAGAUUUCCUUUUCGAGGGCGAAAUCAUUCAGAACACGGAGCUCUUGAUCUUGAAGACGCUCGAGUGGAAAUUGGCUUCGAUCACUCCCUUCUCUUAUCUGCACUAUCUGGUCCUUAAAUUCCACGGCCAAUCCAGAGAGAGGGAGUUCUUCUUCAACGCCAUGGAGCUCGUUCUCGCGCUAUCAAAAGAGAUUAAUUUGGUGGAUUAUAGACCAUCUGUUAUUGCUGCUGCUGCAGUACUAUCGUCAUCUUCUGAUGCCGAGUUGAGUAGAAAAGCAAUGGAACUUAAAACGAGUAGAAUCUCAUCAUGGGAUUCUCAAGAUAAUGAGCAUAUAUUUGUCUGUUACAAUCUUAUUCAGGGAAUACUGAAGCAGGAAAGACUCAAGACUCCUAGGGAAAAAAUCUCUCACAGAGAUGUCCUGAGAAGCGCUUCGCCAUCUUUCACCUAUGCCAGUGGCAUCAAGAGGAGGCUUCCAUUCAUUGACGGUGAUCAGAGCUGUCCUGUGAAGAAAAAGACCAGAAGGCAAUAGUUUUUCUGUGGUAUUGAUCUAGGCUCUUGCAUUAGGGGAUGAUGAUUACAGGUCUAAUGAGUGUUUAAAAGUCCCGAAUUCAUUAGCAUGAUUGGAUUUGAUGACUGGGGGGUCUUCAUUUUCCAAUACCCACAAAAGAGAAAAAGGAAGGAAUUUUCUUCAGCCAGUGAAAGCCAAGCAGCUGGAGGUAAAAGAGAGUAUAUAAUUCCAAAAAAAAAAAAAAAAGGAUUGAAACCUUUUCACAGAGAGAGAGAGAGAAAAGCAAGAAGAUGACAUGAAGUUCAGUAGAGAGACCAAGGAGAGUGGAAGGAAGAAGAAGCAGCCAAUUAAUCCUAAUCUGUCUAUAUUCAUGCUAGAAGUUGCAGCUUUGCUUAGAAUGCUGCCAUCUGCUUCAAUGCUUAUCCACUUUGGCAUUUUGUUUCAUUUUGGUUUUUGUUCACCGUGAAAUUGUUUGGCCAGUUAAACGAUUUGCGUAGUGCAGUACCCUAGCUAGUCCCUACCUUUUGAUGGGAGCUUGGGAUGCUUCCUUGUGUCUUUCAAAAGGCUGUAAGGCAUGAGGGAAUGUGUUGUUUGUUUUUGCUUUGAUUUGACACAUUUGUGUGGGAUUGGGCCAAUAAAAAAGCAUGGGAUGUUGGUUGUGA